AUGGCAAGCGCUACGCCCUCACUCGGUGACAAUAAACGAACGACUACUACAGCAUCAAGUUGGUUGCAAAACCAGUCAGCCCGUCCGGCAUCCCCUCACACACCACAACAUCAACUUCGGUCCGGGAACACGUCAUUCACAAGCACGUCGCCAGGCUCGGGCUUUCGCAAUGAGGACGAUGCGAUCAUAUUCGAAAUAGGUGCGCGAUGGCUUCGGGCUGGGUUCGAGGGGAGUAACACACCCAUGUGUGUGGUGGGAUUCGGCCCGGAACAAUCGAGGAGAGCGGGGGACUAUCGCAGAUGGAUUCAAGGUUCUACUGGCGCCGGAAAUUUGCCCCAGCCUGUAAAUGCAGAUGUAUGGGUGCGGGCAUACGAAUUGUGGCGACUGGAUCUAAGAGAGGUUGAUCUGGGGCUGGUCGAGGAUAAGAUCGAACGUGUUUUUCGGGAGGCAUACAAUCAGUACCUGCUCACAGACGCAGGGUCGUCGCGUUUGGUUCUGGUUCUGCCUUCACUGAUGCCGCAUCCGCUUCUGUCUUCGUUACUUUCUACCUUGUUCAACCGCUGGCGUUUCCCCAGUGUCACUCUUCUAUCGAGCGCGCCCAUGUCAGCGGCGGCUGCCGGAUUGCGGUCUGCCUUGGUGGUAGAUCUCGGGUGGACAGAGACUACAACAACGGGAAUCUACGAAUAUCGGGAAAUUACGACGAAACGAACCACGCGCGCUAUGAGGGCCUUGCUGCAGGAGAUGGGUCGACUUCUGACCAGCCUGGCUUCGAAUGAAGGUGCCCCCGAGGUGUCUGCGGAUGACAUCUCCGUGGGUUUUGAAUAUUGCGAGGAGGUCACAAGCCGAUUUGCCUGGUGUAAACCACGGGCAGAAGAUGAUGAUACUAGCGAACCUCCCAAAACAGUUUCCAUUCCUUGUCCGUCCAACCCCGAGCAGCAAUACACCGAUGUACCACUGGCACGCCUUGCUGUGCCUGUCGAAAAGGUCCUACUUGCAUCGGGUGUUUCGGAGGGUGACCUGGACGACGAAGAGAAAACGAUACCUUUACUGGUCUACAACACUCUGCUGUCGCUUCCACCCGAUGCGCGCGGAACAUGCAUGUCGCGCGUCACUUUUGUAGGGGGUGGCGCUCGCAUUCCCGGGUUACGCCAGCGGAUUUUGAAGGAAGUAUCGUUGCUGAUAGAACGCCAUGGGUGGAGCCCCAUCCGAGGGAAGGCAGUGGAGCGACAACGACAGCGACUGGAGGAAUUGAAGCUUUCAUCCCAGACUCAAAAUGGAGAAAUCCCUGCGCCAGAAACCAGCGCGGCGCCAUCAGCGGAUCGCAAGCAACCCGACCCAUCCCAGGAGGAACCCGAGGUUGAUUUUGUGGAACAAAAGCUGCGUCGCCAGAACAAGGACACACCCGUGCCUGUCCGCGGAGUCUUGCGCGAAGUCGAAUCUCUUGGGCCAUGGGCCGGAGCCAGUCUCGUUACCAGCCUGAAGAUCCGGGGAAUGGUGGAAAUUGAACGGGAGAAGUUCCUGCAGCAGGGACUCGCUGGAGCCACUCGAGACUCGGAGCAUCCGGUCCCUGAUCGCCGGUCGGGCCUGAGAUCGGGUGGUGAUCGGUCCAGCUGGACAUUGGCAGGCUGGGCAUGA